CUGUUGAGGUAAAAUUGUAAACAAAUAUAGUAAUCAAUAAUGAAUUGAUAAAUAUUGAUCUAAAAUAAUUUUUUCUGUUCUAAAAAUAUUCCAUUUUUAUGACAUUACAAUGUACGAAAUCCUGAAUAAAAUCGAACUAUUACAAUUGUAUAACCUAAGUGAAGACUGGGUAAAAGCAAUAUUUGAUUCAGAAUUCCUUGAAUUUGAAGAAUUACCCGCAGAAUAUGAAAAUGGAUGUCAAGAUUCCGAAUUACAAAAUAUCUGUCUCGAGAUAAUGCUAUCUAUAGAUUCUUGGGUGAACUCGGAGCCAACUAAUAAUGAAGAAAAGUCAUGGGCUAAACUGUCGCACGAAAUACAACAUGAAAAGCUUUUAGCAAUCCUGGCUUACUAUAUUGACUAUGGGAACAAAAACUUGAUAAACAAUGAGUCUCGUUAUAAUGCCUUGUUGGCUUCACGUUUAUAUUAUAAAUUGCUUGCUAUUCCUGGAUAUAAAGCUUAUCACAUAUAUCAUUCCCAACUGUUUGUUAAUUCAUUGGUUUGUUUAUGUUUUCCAAAAACAUUAUGUGAAAAUGAAGAAAGCUAUUUGAACAUUCGUGAAUUAACCCGUGAAGUUAAUGAUACAUUAAGAGCCUUACAAGAAUUUGCUAGAGAUUUGAGUAUAGUCAUACAAACAUUACAAUUAAAACCGAAUGAUAUGAAUUUUGAAGAUAUAUUGAGUAAUUUAGUUGACAUUACUGGUGGAGCUAUUGUUAAGAAAUUGAAUGUAGAUAAAGUUCAAGUGGGAAAUUUAUCUGCAAGUAUUUACAACAUGAUAGAUAUCUUAGUUUGUGAUUCAAAAGGAAGUCCUAAUCGAGAAGCUGUCCAGGUUCUCUUUAAAUGUCUUUUGCCGAAGCUUGUGGCAGCAUCUACUGAUUCUCGGAGCAGUAAUAAUGUUGUGAGAGCAUCAUAUGUAACAUACUCAGCACUACUUCUAAGUAAAUUUGGAAAAGCUGCAUUGCCUGGUUACACAAUUUUACUGCAACACCUUUGCUACACAUUAGAGGGACUGGAGCGUGCUGAGGUCCGUACUGCUCGUAUGUCUCUCGUACUUGGUUUGAUGAGUCUUCUGCCCAAAAGGUCUUAUAAGGAUUUUAUAAAAUGGAUUCUGAAAUUAUCAAGUACAUCAAAAGUGUCCCACAGGCAAAUAGCUGUGGAAAUAUUGAGCAAACUUCUUAAUAAUGAUCCAGAGGAAGCAGUUGGAAAUGAAAAUUUAAUGGAAAAUCAAAACAGAAGUGAUGCUGAUUCUGGUAUUCAGGAUUCUAGUUUAUUGACGACCAAUGUAGACGAGGUCUCCACUCUCAGUCCAAACGCAGUUCAAAAUGUUACUAAUGGAGGAAAUUAUGAAGAUGUCAAUCCAUCUAGGCAACAGGAGCAAGAUGCGGUGCUGGAGGAGGAGGAUGACCUGAGCCAGGUGCUGCAGGCGCGCUCGCACGCCGCGCCGCACGCCGCCAUCGUGCGCGCGCUGUACGACCGCGCGCACGACGUGUCCAGCACGCUGCGCAUGCGCGCGCUCGCCGUGCUCACCGACUGCGUCGACAGCACGCACCCGCCGCUGCAGGACGCUAUAAAGAAUCUGAACGGCGCGUGCGAGGUGUCGCGGCUGACGGCGCUGGCGGGGCGCUGCGUGUGCGACGAGCGCGCCGUGGUGCGCCGCGCCGCCGCCGCGCUCGCGCACCGCCUGCUCGCCGCACAGCGCGCGCACACGCCCAACGACCUCGCAGUUCUCAUAAGCUUAUGCCGGGACGCGAGUAUAAUAGUGCGGUCGACGGCCAUCACGGCGUUGGGCGAGCUGGUGACGCAGAUGCCCAGCGACGAGCUGCUUGAUGCCUUCCUCUCCGGACCUAUGCACCAGCUCUCGGACCCAGAAGCUAAGGUGCAAGAUCAAGUGGUGACGCAAAUCCAGCAAAUCCUGUUCGAUCGUUUGCACACGCACAGCGGCGUGGCGGCGGAGGACGCGCUGCCCUGGAUGUUCCUGGCGGCCGUCGUGCGGAACAACAUGCGCAGGCACUUGCAGAAAGCCUGCACCUUACUGCACAACACAUCCAAACACAUUAGCAACCGUUUAAUAGAGAUAAUAAAAUCUCACUUGGGCAAGGUGAGCGCCGCGCGCGACCUGCAGUGCCUGGCGCUGCUCACCUGCGCCGCCAGGCAGCUGCACUGCGAACAACUGCACUUCCUUCUCGAAUACUUCUAUAAACUAGAGGAUGAUGCACAGAAGCCUGACGUCCGCAUCGUGGCGAUGACAUUGGAGAUGCUGACGCUGUGGUCGCGCUGGCUGAGCGCGGAGCAGCGCGAGGCGCUCCGCCAGCACCUGCUGCAGGCGCUGGCCGCCGCCGCCACACACGACGAUGGUUGCAGACCCGAUCGCGUCACUCUAGCGGCUCACUUGGACCCAAAUAAUUUGGAAUGGGCGUCGCAUCUUAUGAAAAUCGCGGAGUACCGCGCGGCGGGGGGUGGUGAGGGCGGUGGCGCAGUGGCGGAGUGCGUGCGCGCGGCGGACCUGUCGCUGGUGGCGCCCGCCGCGCCCUCGCCCGACCUGCUGCACUCGCUGCUGCAGCGCAUACAACACCCCACCUCAAGCGAGGUCGGUGAGGGCGGUGAGGGCGGUGAGGGCGGCGAGGGCGGCGCGGGCGAUGUGUGCGAGGUGAGCGCGUGCGUGGUGGCGGUGGGGCGCGUUUGCGUGCGGUCCCGCGCCGCCGCCGCCGCCGCCGCGCCGCCGCUGGCCGCGCUGCUGCGGGACGCGCGCGCGCCGCUGCCCGCACGGCUCAACGCGCUCCUCGCACUCACAGACAUAUGCAUCAGAUACGCGUGCAUUGUGGAGCCGCUGCUGGGCUCGAUCAGCCAGUGCGUGGAGGUGGGCACUGCGGCCGCGCUGCGCCGCGCCGCCGCGCGCGCGCUCACCCGCCUGCUGCUCGCCGGCUACCUGCGCCUGCGCACGCCGCUCUACUACCGCUACUGCGCGCUGCUGGCGGACGAGGAGCGCGAGGUGCGCGAGCCCGCAGAGUACUACGUGAGCAGCUGCCUCACCGCCGACCACAUCUACCACCACUUCGUCGACUGCCUGCUCUACUACAACAGCGACGAAGGCGGCGGCGUGUCGUUCUCCGCGCGGCAGCUGGUGUACGACGUGAUGCUGCAGCGGCUGUCGGCGCUGCAGAAGCUGGGCGUGCAGGGGCGCGUGGCGCGCGAGGUGGUGCAGCACGCGGCGGCGCAGUGCGAGCAGGGCGCGCUGCCCGACGCGCUGCACGCCGCGCUGCUCGACGCCAUCACGCUGCUCUGCGGCCCGCGCAUGAAGCUGCCCAAAAAACCACAAACUACGGGUGACACAGCGGACAUAGACGACCUCACGGAGAGAGUUACCAGCAACAUAGUCUCGUAUAAAAUGAAGCGCACCGUGGCGGAGGUGCUGGUGCCGGGCGUGCUGCGGCUGUACGCGCACCUGCGGCCGCGCGGCGGACAGCUCGCCGCCUACCUCGUGCGCCUCGCCACCGACCUGCUCGCCGACUACCGCCACGAGAUCGAGGAGUUGAUCCAGCUGGACGAGGAGCUGGUGCAGCGCAUCCGACAGUUCCAGGAGACGAUCGGGCUGGAGCCGUCGUUCGGCAACGCGCGCAACCUCGUCACCGCCUCCGCGCCGCCCGACCCCGACACGCCGCGCGCGCCGCGCCGCCGCCCCGCGCCGCGCCCCGCGCACCACGCCCACCACACGCCCAAGCGCGCGCUCCGCAUAUAGACUGCCUCUUAUUGACGUAAUGGAACUCCGGUACUUGGCUUGAUGUUUAAUAAGUAUUCGUUAUUGUAGUUGUAUUAACAAUCAAUUGAUUAGCUCGAGAUAGGAUGCAUGGCCGCGCAGCGACAGACGAAGAGCAACAGAGAAUGAAUGUCCAAUAGGGAUGUCCGUAUGACGUUGUUGCUAGUGAUGUCUGUAGUCGAUCAUUAGGGAUCACUAUGAAGGUGACAUAGGCACCAACAUAGACAAAUAUACUAUUAGGGUUGUAAUGGAGGUCGUUUUAAUAAAGCGGAUGCGGACGUUAACAGGAGCAGAGACGGUGGUGGAUAGUAAAAUAUUAAUUGUUAUAUAUUAAAGAAAUAAAUAGUAACACAGUUCAGUAAUGAAAUAAAAAAUAUAUCCACCAAUAACAAUCGAAUCUCAAAGGUAAACAUGCGUGUACAAAUCGAAAAUGUGUAACUGCUAUCACACUGCUGCCACGCUUCUCUUGCGUUACGACGUAAAUUAACCUUCGUUAUAACUCCGCUUUAGAAAUAACGGAGGCGGAGAGCUAUUGUUUCUUGCGGAAGUUACGCCCUUGCAGAAGCGGAGACGGAGUUCCGUUACAUCCCUACUAUUUAUUUAACUAUGAGUUAGUUAUGAGUGUAGUAAGGUACAUCGCUAGAGAGAGAUGGAUGGAUUGCAUGAAAGGUGACAUGGUCAAGAAGGGAGUGACUGAGAUGAUCAAUUAUAGAUUUAUUUGGA